UUAGUUUUCCACCUGUCUUGCCCGCCCCUCAUUUGCCAGUCCUGCGGUUGCCGGGGAAAAUGUUUUGAGAACAAUGAAACAGAAAACCUCUAGCGUGUAACAUGGCAACCCUUGCCAUUCGCUAUGACAACCCCAGUUUUGUUUCCGAGGAGCGAAAAACAAUUGCUGCGAAAACUACGCCAGAUACUUCACAAACUUCCUGGAAUUCAAAACAAUCGAGCGAGAUUUUCCCGGAAAAGCCACAGCAUGAAGACCCAGGGAAAAUACGGAGUGACAGCGACGGCCGCAGCACAAGUUCUGUGUGAGGAUGUGCGGAACUUCAGCACACGUCGACGCAAUAUUCUCUACCUAAUGCAUCGCUAUCUGGUGGACAAUGGCUACUAUUCCACGGCCGAGUCCCUGAAGACCGAAGGACGUCUGUCCGAGGAGUACGAGCUGUGCGACAACAUCGACUUGGAUGCCAUGUACCUGGAGUACGCCAGCUUUUUCAACCUGAAAUUUGGAAAAUACCCCAAGAUCCUCAAGAAAAUUGGACCCAAAAUCAAGGUGGAAAUGUCGGGUGCCAAGCAGGAAAAACCCAAGGAGCAAGCAAAGAAACCGGCCCCAAGCCCAGAGGCUUCUCUGGCCAAUUGGCACAUCGGUGUGGGUGCAGCCACAGCGGCCUUGAAUAGCGAGCUGCAACCGCUGCAGAUUAAGAAAAUGGAAACUGCAGCGGAAUCGAAUGGCCCGGAAAAUGCCUGUGAAAUCGAACAUGGCCAUUUGGGUGGCGAUGAUGCUCUGUUCUCUUCGCUGGAUUGGCAAUCCCUGGCGGAUUUGGUAAAGACAACUAUUUUGCAGGAGAAUACAAAGCUGAAAUGGUCGGAUGUCUGUGGCAAUCAGCAUGCCAUCGAGCUGAUCAAGGAGGCUGUGCUAACGCCCAUUGAGUUUCCCCAAUUGUUUGCCCACGGGCUCAAGCCCUGGCGAUCCCUGCUGCUCCACGGGCCACCGGGCAGUGGAAAAACCUUUCUGGCCAAGGCCCUGUACUCCGAAACCCAGGGCCAGGUGACCUUUUUCAACAUAACAGCCAGCAUUAUGGUGAGCAAAUGGCGCGGCGAAUCGGAAAAGAUCCUGCGGGUGCUCUUCCACAUGGCUGCCAAGAGGGCGCCUUCGGUGAUUUUCCUGGAUGAAAUCGAGAGUUUGACCUCCAAAAGGGACCGGGCCACGGAUCACGAGAGCUCCAAGCGCUUUAAGAACGAGCUCUUGCAACUGUUGGACGGCAUGGAGCACUCUUUGAACGGCGUCUUCGUCCUGGCCAGCACCAACUUGCCCUGGGACAUUGAUGAGGCCUUUCUGCGGCGCUUCGAGAAGAAAUUGCUGGUCCAACUGCCCAACGAGGCGGAGAGAAGUAGCCUGAUCAGCCGACUUUUGGGCACCAGCAUCUCGCUGAAUCCGCGUCUGCUGCAAAAGCUGGUGGAGAUGUCCGCUCAGUUUACCGGGGAUGAAAUACGACUGGCCUGCAAGGAGAUCAGCAUGCACCGGGUGCGCUGUGCCACCAAGGUGGGCGACCGAUCCGCCGGAGUGUCCAAGGAAUCGCAGGCUGCCAUCGAGGCCAACGUGGAGAGGGCCUUCAAGCAGGUGCGUCCCUUGGGCCAGAAACUGCUGGCCAAGCACGAGCAGUGGCAACAGGAGAAUGGCUCAUAAAGUGGGCCCUCACUUUACCAUAUAUAUUUUGUAUAACUAGUUCAAGUGUAUUUUUUUCGAGUAAAUAAAUUAUAUAAUGGUAUACCUAAACUA